GAAGAAUAUGCUGAAAAGUACAAAAUAUAUCUUAUUAUUCUUUAUUAGUGAAGACAUGUUAUGUGAAGUCAGAUUUUAUAUUCCUCCAAAAGAAUAAGUAUAAUUAUAACAUUAAAAUAUUAGAAAACAGAAAAAAAGAAAUAAGAAUCAAAUGAAGAUGAAUAAGAUGAAAUCUCAUAUCUAUAAUAAGUUUAGAAUCAAAUUGUCAAUAAAGCAAAAAUUGGAGGUAGUAGUGAUUCGAUUCUUACAGUCCAUGAAGUUCCAUUUAUUGUACCAAGAGGAAAAUAUACUAUGGAUUUCUUUAAAAAAGAAGUUCGCUUUCAUGGCAAUACUUAUUAAUUCACUACUGAUUAUAAGAGUAUUACUCGAUUCUUUUUGCUUCCUAUGCCAGAUGAAGUCAAUCUUUCAUUAGUUGUUGGUCUUGAAAAUCCAAUUAAGUAAGGUCAAACUGCUUAUAAUUAUAUUGUUAUGUAAUUUAAGAAAGAUUAAGAAACAUAAGUUGAGAUGAAAUACACUAGAGAAUAAUUAGACAAUAUUGGAUGGAAAGGGAUUAGAUUAGAAUACACUGGUUCUAUGUAUGAUAUAGUUUGUGAUAUACUCUCAGAAAUCACAGGAAUCAAAGUAGUAUCACCCAAGAAUUUCAAAUGCAAAAAUGGAUUAUUUUGUUUGAGAUGUUCAGUUGUACCUCAUACAGGAUUUUUAUUUCCAUUAGAGAAAUCAUUACUUUAUAUACAGAAACCUGUUAUUUACAUUAAACAUGAUGAUAUUAAAGAGAUUUUAUUACAAAGAGUAUUAUAUAUUAAUAAUUAUUUUAGAUUACUUAGACAACAUAAAAUAAAUUCUUUGAUAUCAAAAUUAUUACUAAGAAUACAUCAUACUUAUUUUCAACAGUUGAUAAAGAAGAGUUGGAUAAUUUAACUUAAUAUUUCAAUUCUAAAAAAUUAUAAGUAAAAAAAAUUUAAGAAGAAAAUGAAGGAAUAAAUAAAGACAAAGAUGAUAGUGAUGAUGACAGUUAAAAUGGUCAUAAAGUAACUUUAUCUUAAAUGGAUUCUGAUGAAGAUGAUGAAGAUUUUUAAGCAUAAGAAGAUUCAUAUAAUAGUGUAUAAUUUUAACAAAAAGUAUAAAAAACAAGAGCUGCCAAUAAAUGA